AUGUUGACUACACCAGACAUGAAAGCACUCUUGGCUCAACUGCUGGGAACUAAGAUGAUAGAGGAGUUUCUGCACAAGGCAAAACAAGGUUGGAUGACAAAUCCCAUGAUAGAUGGGAGUGAGUUCAAUGCAUAUUGUGAUGUGAUGUGGAGGGUGCUGCCAGAUGAAGAGUGGAGACUGAAAGAGCAGAAAAAGAACAUUCAGUGGAAGUUGAUACAGCUACAGCUGGGAGAACUGCUCGGCGACAACAUCCGCCAUGCUGUCCAGUCCACAAACACACCUACACGCACACCCACACACACACCCACAACAAGGUGA